CUACACCAAGCUACCGCUGCUGUGCAUAAAAUGUGUUGAGUAGUUGACUCAGAAAGAUAGAUGACAAUUUUGAACCAAUUAUUUUCUUCAAAAAUAAAGGAGGAGGACAGAUAGCUGCAUUUGCUUUUUUAAAUGAAAUAUAGCUAUCUAGUUUAGCUUACUCACACACAGCUCAAGUAUAGGGAGGCUUUGUUAGCUAGCUGGGUAUGACUAUCCAACAGUGGAACAAUUCCUAGUCAAGCAUUCCCAGAGGACAGUGCCCACAGUGCCAGUGUUGUGGGCGACACAAGCCCAGCAGCGAUGGGCAUCCAGUCUACCCAUGAACACUGUGGUUCUGUUUGUACCACAACAAGAAUCCUGGGUUGUGGAAAGGAUGGGCCGCUUCCAUCGCAUCUUGGAGCCGGGCUUGAAUUUCCUUAUCCCAAUCCUGGACAAAAUUCGUUAUGUUCAAAGUCUUAAAGAGAUUGUUAUUGAUGUCCCAGAGCAGUCUGCGGUCUCUUUAGAUAAUGUGACACUACAGAUAGAUGGAGUCCUCUAUCUUAGGAUAUUGGAUCCUUUUAAGGCCAGCUAUGGAGUUGAGGACCCAGAGUAUGCUGUCACCCAACUUGCUCAGACCACCAUGCGCUCAGAGUUAGGAAAACUGACCCUGGACAAAGUAUUCAGGGAAAGAGAGACCCUAAAUACCAACAUAGUCCACUCCAUAAACCAGGCAUCAGAUGCUUGGGGAAUCCGUUGCCUUCGUUAUGAAAUCAAGGAUAUACAUGUUCCACCUCGCGUCAAAGAGUCCAUGCAGAUGCAGGUGGAGGCAGAGCGUAAGAAGAGAGCCACUGUGCUGGAGUCGGAAGGGCACAAGGAAGCAGCCAUCAAUGUUGCUGAGGGUCGCAAGCAAGCUCAGAUCCUGGCCUCAGAAGGACAGAAAGCAGAACAGAUCAACAAUGCAGCUGGUGAGGCCAAUGCUGUCUUAGCCAAAGCAGAGGCCAAGGCUAAGGCUAUCCGGCUGUUGUCAGAGGCUCUAGCUGAGCAGAAUGGAAACGCGGCAGCCUCCCUCAGUGUGGCUGAGCAGUACGUCUCAGCUUUCUCCAAGCUAGCCAAAGAGUCCAACACUAUCCUGCUGCCCUCCAACUCUGGUGACAUCAGUGGCAUGGUCACACAGGCUAUGGCUAUUUAUGGCAGCCUGGCCAAGCAAAGCUCAAAAAAGAUAGAAUGUGUGACCCCAGUGACCCCAGAGUGGGCGAUGGAGAAGAGUGAGGACCCUGCACCACCAGCCCAGUAGUGAAUGAUGUCAAGACCACUCAGAGUCAGGCACAGAACCAGAAGCUGUGCCAGACAACCACGAGUGCCUGUUCAGCACCUCUGUCUGGCCCAAAGCACACGCUGCAGGACAGAAGGGCAGGAUAAGAACGUAAAAACUUUGGGAAUGCUUAACAGCCUGGAAACUUCAACCCAUUUGAGACAAUACAUGUCACUUACACAUUGUUUUAUUUUGAAUGAGUGGUAUUGUACACAGUACGUACACACGUUCCAAUUGCAAAUCCACGAGCUGUCGUAUUGAUACUCUUCUCUUGCAUCAACAGAUCAAAGGACUGCAGUGGUAGGUAUGAUAGUAAACUGCUAGACUGGUUUAGGGCAUUCUGAGUUAGCUCCUGGGUAAUAGGAUAUUAUCUAUUUUAUGUGAUGUACUGUUGCAAUGAUAAUCUCCUGUCUUCUUCAUGUCCAAUUAUUUGUCCUUCAUAUGUUUUCAUUUCAUAGUCUCAUGAAUGUUUUAGUUCAUGUAAGUGAGAGCUUGUGCCCUGACGUUAAGAUCCUCCCUGGUUCAGAGCAAGCAGAGAAGGGAACAAAGGUCAGAUUUAAAUAUAUAGUGUCGGUCAAACCUACUCAUUCAUGGGUUUUUCUUUAUUUUCACUAUUUUCUACAUUGUAGAUUAGCAGUGAAGACAUCAAAACUAUGAAAUAACACAAUUGGAAUCAUGUAGUAACCAAAAAAGUUUCAAAAAUGACCUCAGAUCCAAAAUACAUUAUGGAAAUGCAAUGUUUUAUUUCACAUCAAUACCAGAUCGAAAGGGUCAUCUGUGAAUGAGGAAGGUUUGACAUAACAUAGGAAAUGUGUAUAUAUACAAUGACAAUACACUAUCCUGACCAAUAAUGGCCUUCCAUGUACAAUUUCAUGAUGAUGCUGUCACUAUUAAAGGAUUUGUGACUGGCUUUAGGGAAGAUUGUAACAUCUCAUCAUAAUAAAUCUUGGGGAAAUUA